CUUAAAUUCAUGUUUAAUUUAAAGUAGUUUCUAGCGUUUUCAUAAAAUCCUUUUCACUUUUGAGUUUAUUAAUUCAAACAUACCGUAUUUUCCAGACGACAGAGCGCAUCGGAUUAUAAACCGCACCCACUUUGUGUAGAAUUUAUUAUUAUUAUUAUUUUUUUGCGUAUAGUCCGCAACGGACUAUACGCCACCGAUAUAUACGUUAAAUUAGAUAUUUACACAGAAAGAUUUUGUAAAUGUUUAUUUCCAACCUUGUUUCCAAACAGUGCCUGUCACACGGCAGUAAAACGGCUCAAACAUAGCAGAAAAGUCAUUGUUUUUAUUCAUCCUCCUCCUGUUCACUGAAACCACUGAAGUCGUCUUGAAGAGCCUAAGAACGUCUUCGUCACGCACCAUUUCAGUCUCUCUGUCGCUCUCAACGUCAUUUUCAUCUCGAGACACAGUUACCGCCGAAGUUGUGCUGUUCUCCUCACGUAGCAGUCCAGCCUUUCGAAAUCCGUUGGCGAUUGUCGAUUCUGUCGCACUGCUCCACGCUUUUAAGAUCCACUGGCCUCAGAAAAAGAUGAUCUUUGCAUGCGGCCAGUUUUUGUGAAAGAUUUCUCGCCGCUGGUCAUCCAAGCCUCCCACUCACCUCGGAGUGCCGCUUUAAAAGCACGAUUCACACGGCUGUCCAGUGGCUGCGAAAACCUUGUUGUACCUCCAGGAAUCACAGCUGGAAUUGAGUUUGAUCUCUUGAUGGCUGUUUUCACAUAAUCUGUUAUAUGGGACCCUCAUACUGCCCAAAACAAGCAACGCUUUUUUUUCCCGGUGAAAAACAUCCUACUCUAUCAUCCACCCUAUUUGUUAACUUUAACGACUAUGCCUUUUGGGAGUUUUUCUUGUGGCAUAGCCGUCCGCUUAAAAAUCACCAUUGGUGGAACCGUGCAGCUCAAAACACAGGUGAAGUGCGUUGUCUCAUGGGCAGUUUCGUGCAGCAGCUCUAGUUCCCUCCUGGAUGGACAGAUCGAUGGCUUUCAACUUAAAAGCUGCAUCAUACGCUUUUCUUGUACUUUUCACGAUGAGGGUGUGAAAAAUUAAAAACAAUUUGCGUUUGUGCAUGCCGUGCUGCGUUGAGCGUGACAACGCUUGUCUUCUUCUACACGCAAGAGGCAUCUGCGCAUGCCCAAACCCUAGUGCAUUAUGGGAAGCGGUCAUGUUUUAAGCAUUACGUUCGAACAACUUCUUACUUAUUGCCCCCCCCCGAUAACCGUUAGCGAAAAAAAAAAAAAAUUUGUAAAAAUAACAAACCCACGUGGGGACUGACCAAUAGUAGCGAUUUGUAAGAAAAAUAUGAAAUUUGCUAAAUUUGGACAUACAGUGGAACCUCAAUUUAUGAACUUAAUUGGUUUCUGAACAGGGUUUGUAAUUGAACAUCAUUUUCCCACAAUAAAUAAUGCAAACGUGAAAUAAUUGGUUCCAGCUUAGCUUUAGCUUUAGUAAGUUUUUACAUUUGAAUACAAUAUAAAGCUAUACAGUACUGUAUAUCAAACUUUCUGUGGUGCAGUUGUUAGAGCGGGUUGUCCAGUCACCGAAGGGUUGGCGGUUCCAAUCCUGGCUCCGACUGUCCGCUGUUGAAGUGCCCAUGGGCAAGACGGUGAACCCUAAUAUGCUCCUAGUGGGCAGCGCCUUGCAUGGCAGCAGCCGACCAUUGGUGUAUGAAUUUGUGCAGGAAUGGGUGAAUGUGUGAGCAGCUGUAAAGUGGUUUGGGCACCGUCAUGGUGUAGAUAAGGCGCUAUAUAUAUAUAAGUGCACUCAAUUUACCAUGACAAGGGGUGCACGAUCAAAAAUCUCGGAAAUGCUAUCACUCGCUAGCUAUUGUUCGUUCAAAUAUUCAAAUGAGCAACAGCUUCUCCACUUGGUCCAGAAGUUUCUCUCGGGCUUUUCGAAGAUACUUCACUCCCUUGGCCAUGUCACCAGCAACAAAAAUAUCUUUUUUUCCCCCCACAGUAGUGACCAUUUUGGACUUUUUUCUUAAAUACUUGCAAUAAAUUUCUCCUAUGGGUGCGCCAUUGAUAUACUGUAAUUUAUUGUGUAUAAUGCGCAAUGGUCAAAAGUCAAUAGUGUACAUUAUACAUGGGUAUAGGGGCAAAUGGAAAAAACUUUCACAUUUUCUAAAUUUAUGCCGCCACCUAGUGGUUAUGAAAAAGCCGUACACUUUCAUUCCAAUAUGACAUUGGUACGUAUGACUGCAUAUAUGUACAGUUGUGCUCAUAAGUUUACAUACCCUGGCAGAAUUUGCGAAAUAUUGUUUUUUUAAAUAUGACUGACUAAACAACAACCAUCAUUAAUUUCUUUAUGGUUAUGUUUUGUUUAAUGACAAUGCUUUUCUGAAAUGCUUGACCGUUUAAUUUGAAUCCCAUUAAAAUAAAAUGUGUUUCACCUGGUCCUUCAUGUUUUCUUUAAAGAAUUGUACCCAUUUUAUAAAUUCUGCCUGGGUAAUCAAACAUAUGAGCACAACUGUGUGUUUUCUAAUUUACUAAAUACAAGUGGGGUUGCUAAUUUCAAAAUAAGAGCAAGUAAAUGGAAAAAAAGGAUUAAUUGUUCAAAUAAAGGCCUUAACUUCAGCAUAAUUAUUUGAAAAAAAACUAACAAAAUACAGAUAAUACUUCAUGUUUGAUAUCAUAUGGGUAGAAGCAAAAUCAUGCAUUGUAAAAAUGCAUGAUACAUAGAAGGGUUUUCCGGAAUUUUGAGGUCACCUUUGGUUAUACAUGGGUGCGCAUUAUACACGAGAAAUUACAGUACUCCUCACAAAUCGUCUUUUUAACUCUUGCCACGCUUGUCCACUGCUUUUCUUGGACCCAUUUUGAGCUAUGAAAAUAAUAAAAUAAAGAAGAAGAAAAAAACAGAAAAGGCAAGCAAAGUAGAAACCGACCGCUAACGGUGGAGCGAAUGAGAUCGAUCUGCUCGGCACAAAAUGGCUGUACCACUCAGCAUAAAAUGGAUCAAUGAAAUGUUUGCACACUGCAGUAAGGUUUGCCCAUUGGGUAAUAUUUUUGUUCACUCUGUCGUUCAUAAAUGCAAUAGUUCGAACAUUGAGGCGUUUGAAAUCGGGGUUCCAUUGUCACAGAUCUCAGCCCGAUGACAGCGAUUUGCAAAAUGCUGAGUGGGCCGGAUUAAUGAACGGAGUGUAACAGGAAGUGCUUUCUUGGAUUAGCCCCCGCCCUCUCUCAGAGAGAUUAGCGCUGGCGCCGAGUUCGGCUUAGCAAGGCGCCAUGGCCACAGCCCGCCACAGGUUGGUCGACGCAGAUGAGAUUAAGCGUCUGGGCAAGCGCUUCAAGAAACUGGACCUGGACAACUCAGGCUCUCUGAGCGUGGAGGAGUUCAUGUCGCUGCCCGAGUUGCAGCAGAACCCUCUGGUGCAGCGCGUCAUAGACAUCUUUGACACCGAUGGCAACGGAGAGGUGGACUUCAAAGAAUUUAUUGAGGGCGUCUCUCAGUUCAGCGUCAAAGGAGACAAAGAGCAAAAGUUACGAUUCGCUUUCCGCAUCUAUGACAUGGACAAAGAUGGCUACAUCUCCAAUGGUGAGCUGUUCCAGGUUCUUAAGAUGAUGGUGGGCAACAACCUGAAGGACACGCAGUUGCAGCAGAUCGUUGACAAAACCAUCAUCAACGCAGACAAGGACGGAGACGGAAGGAUAUCUUUCGAAGAGUUCUGCGCGGUGGUGGGCGGCUUGGACAUUCACAAAAAGAUGGUGGUGGACGUGUGACAGACUUCCUCCUCGUUGUCCAGAACCAGAUCCCCUUUUCCCUUUCCUCUCCCUCACAAAAGCCAAACUCUUGCAGCGAUUGCUCGAACAGGAAGUGGCACUUUCCCAAGCGCUCGGAAGGCGUUUUUGUUGUUUUUUGUUUUUUUAGCGCCGGCUGGGCAAGCGCGUUUGUUUGCGUGUGUGUGCGUGUUUUUAUUUAUUCUGCCGUGUACAGGAAGAGUGAGCGUGCCAACAGGAAGUGUGUGCGUGCUCGUGUUUGACCGUGUGAUUGGACGUUAGUGUUGAUAAUUAGCAUGUUUAUGAUACUCGGGCCAGCACGUGCUUGCACCAGGAAGUAAGUGGCCACUUUGGCUUUGAUGGUUUUUUUUUUUUCUUCUGCUGCUGAGUGGCCACCAAACAUUUUCUACUAAGUGGAAUUAGCUGUGUGCCGUUUUUUUCUUCUGUGGUGCACGUGCAUGUGUGCGUGGUCAUGCUGUGCAGCUCAACAGCACUGCCUGCUGCUCGCAUGUCAAUCAAAAAGUCUUUCAGGUUUACAAACUCGGGCCCGCUUCAUAAACAUCACCUCUAAUUUUUUUUUUCAUCUUUGUUUUUAUUCGGCCGCCACAGGCCCAGGCUGAUAAGCCUCGAAGCACACAAGGCGAGAAAGUUUAAAAAAAAAAAAAAAAAAAAAAAUGUGUCGGUUUCAACAAAAGUCUUAUUGUGUGCACUUUGGCGGUCACGUGACCUCUUGCUGCAUGUGUGAUGUUUGCAUGUUUAAUUUUUUUUUUUUUUUUUUUUUGCACUUGAGUGCAGUUCAUGCGGUGUCAGGCCCUCCUCGCUCUCACGUGAUUGGAUAACAUGAGCCAUGUGGACGGCGAACACCAGAACAAACAAAACGACACAUUUUAAAAGUAAAAAGUCAAACAAAUACACUCUUAACAGUGAGGCUGUUGGCUUAUUUCACGCAAUGUUGUGUGACUGUGGUGUUUACAUGUGAAUACUGAUAUAAAUAAUAGUGAUGAAUAUGAACAUUUCAAACACACCGUGUUGCCAAUUAAAGGUUGAUGUAGAAAAAACGUCUCUUUUUGUACGUUUGGCAUGAAGUGAUGUCACACAUUUGACGCAUGCAACAAUAAAUGACAAACUACUGCAAUGACAAUCA